CCAGGUUGGAUGGGACUUUGAACAACCUGGCCUAGAGGGAGGUGUCUUGCAAAGUAGCAGGGGUUGGAACUAGAUAUCUUAAAGGUCCCUUUCAACCCUAACCAUUCUGUGAUUUUGUGACAUGUAUGUUAUAGAUAGUGGCCUUCUUGCACUUGCUGAAGGCCCAAUACGUAUGCAAGGCAGCAGUCUGACAAGAAGUGCAGUAUUGUGAUCUUUGCAGGUCAGGAAUAUGCCCUGUGCUGCACGUAGGCAUUAUUAAUUGCUUGAGUUUAGAUAACAUGUGUUAGAAGUUAGAGCAAAAUGUUCCUCCGAGGAUUAAGAGUUCAAACUAUGGGAAAAUUUUGUAUGUUUUUAUUUCCAAGAGCACUACCAAAAAUGUACCAACCAAUAUUUAAAUGAGGGUGGAGGGAAAUAAUGAACCAAAGCUCACGCUUUUUGAAGUUUGUAGAGAAUUUCUUGGCAGCAAGAUUAAUAUUUUGGAACAAUUUAUGUCGCAUAGAAUGUAGUGUGCCUGUGGCCCUAUUGAGGCAAUGCAAUAGCCAUUCAACUUAAAGCUAAAUUGCACAAGCUGUUCCUAAAGAGUAAAUAUCAGAAUUUGGGACUCAGUUGAUAAUAUAAAGGAGAGUAGAUAAGCACAAAUUCCAUUUUCUGCCAGUUUUUAAGGACUGUUUCUGACAUGGUAUAAAAAAAAACAAACAAACAAACAAAAACAAACAAACAAACAAACAAACUAUUCUUUGAACUGAAAUACUUACAUCCAAAAGUUGUUACAUCUCCAAUGAGAAUAUAAUUUUCUACAGGAAGCAUUACAGCAGCAGUUCUGUUUGAAUUCUUCCAGUGUGUGAUGGUGCAAUCAGUCCUAGCUGAUCAGUACCCUGCAACAAGGCAAGAGGACAGUUAUGUUUGCCUAACUGUUAACUUUGGACUAUGGGUGCUUGGAAUUUGGCAGAAACAGAACAUAUCUCUAUAGAAAGCCUUAUGUUGUCUGCUUACCUGAAGUGUCCAGUUACCAAAAGCAGGGGUUUUAGAGACCAGUAGACCAGUGGAUAUCUGUGAUGUGUUUUUCUUUAGCAUGUAUAUGAACAUUAAGUGAUUAAAACAGAAUAGAGAGGGUUAAGAAUUGUCAAAAAGGCAUAUUGAUCUGUGCUCUGUGUAGUCUUUCUGUGGGGUCAGGGUCUGUGGGAAGGUCAAAAGCAAGUUGAGGGGAGCAGGACAGCAGUACACGAGUUAACCCUUGGUGUUUGUGGGCUGGGCUGCAGUUUCUUUUGAGUCAUAUGCAACAUCUGCACUGCAAGAGAGCCCUGAGCCCUGGGGCUGGUGGCUCUGUUACAUGGUUGCUGGUGUACCUAAUGGCAGAGCUUCUCCAUCUGGCUGGAAACACUGCCCAGGACAGUAAAAUAUGGAAUACUCCCACCCACCGCUUGCUACCUGUGAUGGUGUAGACAUGGACAGACUGCUGGAGAGUUUGUGCUGUUCUGCACAAACUCAGCUGCGCUCCUCUCCAAGAAGUCCAAGACCCACAGAAUGAGGAGAAAGUAAAGCUGACCAAGGGGAGAAACAGUAUGGCUUCAGCAGUGGACACCUAGGGAAGAUCCACUCAAGAGUCUUUUAGGAUAGAAUAUGAUACCUUUGGUGAACUGAAGGUCCCAAGUGACAAAUACUAUGGUGCUCAGACUGUAAGAUCUACGAUGAACUUCAAGAUCGGAGGUGUUUCAGAAAGGAUGCCAGUUCAAGUUAUAAGGGCCUUUGGCAUCUUGAAGAGGGCAGCAGCUGAAGUAAAUCAAGAUUAUGGUCUUGACCCAAAGAUUGCCAGUGCUAUUGUAAAGGCAGCAGAUGAGGUAGCUGCAGGAAAAUUAAAUGAUCACUUUCCAUUGGUGGUGUGGCAGACUGGGUCUGGAACUCAAACCAAUAUGAAUGUCAAUGAAGUCAUCAGCAAUAGAGCUAUUGAAAUACUGGGAGGCAAACUGGGAAGCAAAAUUCCAGUGCAUCCAAAUGAUCAUGUUAAUAAAAGCCAGAGUUCAAAUGACACUUUCCCAACAGCAAUGCAUAUCGCUGCUGCCCAGGAAGUUAAUGAGGUGUUGUUGCCUGGACUGAAGAAGCUACAGAAUGCACUCGAAGCAAAAUCCAAAGAGUUUUCCCAAAUCAUAAAAAUAGGACGCACUCACACACAAGAUGCUGUUCCACUUACGCUUGGGCAGGAAUUUAGUGGCUAUGUGCAACAAAUUAAAUACGGCGUGGCUAGGAUUGAGUCAACCAUGCCAAGAGUGUAUCAGCUGGCAGCUGGUGGGACUGCAGUUGGUACAGGAUUAAACACAAGAAUUGGCUUUGCUGAGAAAGUUGCUGCUAAAGUGGCUGAACUGACGGGCUUGCCCUUUGUCACUGCUCCCAAUAAAUUUGAAGCUCUUGCAGCUCACGAUGCUCUAGUUGAACUCAGCGGAGCUAUGAACACAGUGGCAUGCAGUCUGAUGAAAAUAGCUAAUGAUAUUCGUUUCCUGGGAUCUGGACCACGCUCUGGAUUAGGAGAACUCAUCCUGCCUGAAAAUGAACCAGGAAGCAGUAUCAUGCCAGGAAAAGUGAAUCCUACGCAGUGUGAAGCGGUUACCAUGGUGGCAGCCCAGGUUAUGGGAAACCACGUUGCUGUUACUGUAGGAGGUAGCAAUGGGCACUUUGAGCUGAAUGUUUUUAAGCCCAUGAUGAUUAAGAAUGUUUUAAACUCUGCAAGACUUCUUGGAGAUGUUUGUGUUUCUUUCACUGACAACUGUGUUGUUGGAAUCCAAGCCAAUACAGAUAGGAUCAACAAACUAAUGAGUGAAUCCCUGAUGUUGGUAACAGCACUUAAUCCACAUAUAGGAUAUGAUAAAGCAGCUAAGAUUGCCAAGACUGCACACAAAGAAGGGACAACGUUAAAAGAAGCUGCUAUCAAGUUGGGACUCCUCACAUCAGACCAGUUUGACCAGUGGGUGAAGCCUAAAGAUAUGUUAGGUCCUCAGUAAUGUCUUAAAACGAAACACCUGCAAAACAAACAAAAAACAAAGUGUUCUUAACUUAAAAUAGAAUAAAACAAAACAAGUGUAAUAUACUACUGCUUCA